AAGAAAAAAAGGUUUAGUCGACUAAAACAUCCAGAACUGACUUUUUACAAAUUCACGGGUUAUAAAUAUCGGGAUUACUUACGUGAUGAAAUAAAGAGAAGAAUGAAGAAACGUCAUUGAAUCAGUCGCACUGCUGUCAUUUAUGUGGGCCAUUAACGAAAGGAAAACACUUUUAAGCCUAAACAGUGAUGGAUUACGUCAACACAUUCCCUUCAACAUACAUCGAUGACGAUGACAGUGCAAAUGUGAUUUUGGUGGAUCAAUUUAGCAAUUCAAUCAGUGAAUUUAAAGAAAAUUUGUCGAACCUUAAUUCGAGUGUUCUUAUCAUUUUUACGCCUGAUCCAAUAAUAAAUCUCACAAAUUCACCUGAAUCUGUCAACGAGACUGUGAAGGAUGAAGUCGGUUACAGAGAUCCUUUAUCAAUCAUUCUCCCAAUUAGCAUUUGUUAUCUUGUCAUUUUUGUGACCGGCAUUUUGGGAAAUGUUAUUACAUGCAUCGUGAUCGCUAAGAAUAAGACUAUGCACACAGCAACAAAUUAUUACCUCUUCAACUUGGCAGUGUCAGAUUUCCUUGUUCUCAUUUUCGGUAUGCCAUUCGAUUUUAUGAACAUCUGGCUACCAAAUUCUUAUCCAUUCGAUGAAAUUGUUUGCAUACUUCAAGGACUUCUAUCAGAAACAUCCACCAACGCAACAAUCCUCACGAUCACAUCAUUCACUUGCGAAAGGUACAUCGCUAUUUGUCAUCCUUUCAGAUCUCAUACAAUGUCAAAACUUUCACGAGUUGUAAAAUUUAUCAUGGCGAUAUGGAUAUUAGCAUUUGCAUUAGCAAUGCCACAAGCAUUUCAAUUCGGAACGGUAGCAUCUUAUGGAGGCGUUUCAUGCACGGUGAAGACGCAAUUCUUUGAGCAUGCCUUCGAAAUCAGCAGCUUUCUUUUCUUCAUCGUUCCAAUGACGGUGAUUUGUGUGCUUUAUAUUUUAAUUGGAAUAAAACUAAGGCAAAGUAAAUUGCUUUAUGGGAAGAAGACCAAAAGUUGCGACUCACAAAGAUGUAUAAAAGGACAAAGUCGUGUUAUUCGAAUGUUAGUGGCUGUGGUUGUGACCUUUUUUCUAUGCUGGGCUCCCUUUCAUGCGCAAAGAAUCAUGGCUGUUUAUGGAAAAAUAAUGAAAAAGUCAUUCAGCAGUGACGAUCUUUUCAUGCGGGUUUAUAUCGCCCUCACGUACAUUUCUGGAAUUUCUUAUUUUCUUUCAACUUGCAUCAAUCCAUUUUUGUACAACAUUAUGAGUAAGAAAUUUAGGAACGCCUCGAAGUUGACACUUGUGGUGCACUGUUUAAGUCGAACACCAUCAACGAAAAAGACUCAGGGGGACAGCAAUUACAGUGCGUUAUCAAUGAAAUUUGGCGCCCUUGAAGCUGGACGUAUGACAACAUUGAAUCGAAAUCAAUUUAUCAUCCCAUCGCAACCUACUAGUGAGAUAUUACAUAGCAAAGAUGAACAAAAUAUAGAUGAACUUGGAAAUUUCAGUUGUAGAGCUGAAGACGUUUCGCCAUUUAUGAUGGUUCAUCCUUAUCAAUCUAUUGUGACUUUCACCCCAUCCUUCGAGGCAAAUAACUUUUCGUGCAGCCAAUUCACAACGACAUCAACAAUAAGUCAAGAUAAAACUAUGAAAAUGAAGAAUCCUUAUAAAGAUCGUACGAGAAUGAAUGGAGAUAUGACAAUUCAGAAUGAUAAAAAUCGACGUCGAAACUCGUUUACUGAGAAGCUUAAAAAAGUUUUAAUAUUUAAACCAGAUGCAAAUCUAAUGGUAACAACAAAUAACAAUCCCAAAGUUAAAAAUGUAAUCUCGUCGGAAAGUAUCAGUAACUCGAGUCUAAAAGAAGUUGAUGAAGAUGAGUUUACUAGCUCAGAGCUCACCCAAAUGAUGUUUGAAGUAAAUGGAGGUCGACAUUUACCAAAGUUGACUUCUUGAUGUGCUACAACGACGGUGUAAUUAAUGGAUAAAUUUACCGUACAUGAUACAUCAACAUUCUUAGAUUUUGUUGAUUUCUUUAUGUAAAAAAAGCCUGAUUAUGUAACAAUCAUUAGCUCAAGUUUUUAUAUCUCUCUUCUGAAAUGUUUUCUAUCGCUAUCGAAGUUGAAAAAAAAUCAGCUUUAAACAGAUUCCAUUUCUGUUUAAUCAGCCCAAAGAUGUUUUAGUUGUUUAAUGUAAGAUUUAAGAAGCUUUUUUUUAUCUUUUGAAUAUUCAGAUGAAAUUUUCUAUACGAAUGAGAAUCGUUAUAAAUAUUUAUGUAUGUAAACAUACUUACAAUAUUUAUUUAUCCACUUACAAAAAGAAAGUUGAAAGAUUAUUUAAAAGUCUUCCUGUUUCUAAAGAUAAAGUAUUAUUUGUUACUCAAAUAAACUGUUAAAAUAAUUAUGUCUAAUGAACAGAACAAAAAUAAAAUUAAUUAAAAUAAAACAUUCUUAAAGGU